AUGGAGAUAUGGCCCCCCCCCCCCCCCCCCCCCCCCCCCUCUUCUUUCGCCCGCUUCUUCCUGUGCUUGCUGUCCUCGUUUUCCUCUCGCAGCUCUGCGAAAAAUGCGUCGUUCUUUAACUUCUUCUCGUCGCGCAAGCGCCAGGCUGCGCCGUCCCACGCCAGCAGCCAGCGCCCGUCGAUGUCUUCUUCCACGGCGAAGGCCUCCCCGUCGGGGACUUGUUCGCCGUCUGCGUCCGCGUUUCCGUGCUUCCAAGCCUCUCAGCCGCCUGCGUGUCCAGCGGAGUCGCGAGUCUGCUCGGCGCCUCACGCCCCCGCCUCUCCCUCGCCUUCCCCGGAGGCCUCAGACCCUCUGGAGACGUCGCCGCGCGCGGGACACGCCGCGUCGCCCUCGCUCCCCACGGCCCGUUCGGCCUCGUAUUGCUCCUUUGCCCCGCCUGCGCUGCACUUGACAACGCCGUUUGUCUCCUGUUCCGCGCCUCUCCCGUCGGAGCCAUCGGCGCGCCUUGAAGACAAACGCGAGGCUCGUCAAGGGCUCCACUCCGACCCCCAUCUCCGGCCCCAGGUGCCUGCCAUUCGGCCCUCGCGCUCGGCGGCAUCGUUCUUCUCGCUGUUGCGUCCCGGGAAGGUCGCCUGCCUGGCCCACGCGCCGCACGGCUCGCACACGCUCUACACGCUACCCUCUGGAGGCGAGCGCGAGUUCCACAUGAAACACCUUUCCUCGAGCUCGUCGAUCUCCUCUCGCAGCCGGGGCAACAGCCACCACAUGCACGCCUGGAUGCGCGAGGCGUCGCCGCGCCCUCCACCCCAUCCGACGCCGCUUUGCGUCAGCCUGCGGAACGGCGUACUAUUCCCCCUUCUCGGCCUCGGGACGUACCGCCUGCACGGCGAAGAAUGCAUGACUGCUGUCCAGCGCGCCGUCUCCCUCAGACAAAUCAUGCUCAUCGACACCGCCAGCGUCUACCGGAACGAAGAAGAAGUCGGCAAAGCCCUCAGAGACGCCGGAGCUCGAGGAUUUCCGUGGCAGUUGUAUCUGAGAGACGACUGCGAAAUGAACAUUCGCUGUCGCAGAGAGGCGAGUAAUUUGGGUGUCUUCCUGACUUCGAAAAUUAGCCCCAAAGACGCCGCCGGAGGGAGACAGCGGGCGUACGAGGCUGCGCUCAUGUCAAUGAAGCGGCUGGGCGUUGAGCAACUCGACCUCUACCUCAUUCACUGGCCAGGUGUCCGAGGCCACAAAAGCUCGAGUCGUGAAAACAGGCGGCUGCGCCAUGAGUGCUGGCAAGCCCUGGAGCAGCUGUACAGAGAGAAGAAGGUUCGAGCCAUCGGCGUGUCGAACUUUUUGAUUCGACACUUGGAAGAUCUGAUUGAAGAUGGCGUUGAAGUCGUUCCGAUGGUCAACCAAAUCGAGUUCCAACCGCUCUGUUUCGACCGAGAGCUGGUCAAGUGGGGCGAGAAGCACGGCAUGCGAAUCCAAGCCUACGCGUCACUGGGCUCGGGGGAUCCUCGUCUUCUCCGACACCCAACUGUUCUCGCAAUUGCGGUUGAGUGCGGAGUGACGCCCGCGUUGGUGCUCCUGCGCUGGGCCUUGCAACACGACUGCCACAUCAUUCCGUGCAGCCGGAAGGAGGCGCACAUGAUUGAAGACACUCACGUGUUCGACUUCUGUCUCAGCGACGAGCAGAUGACUCUUCUUGACCGUCUCUGCGACAACACCCACUUCUGCUGGGACCCAAACAUCAUUGCUUGA